UAACAAAUUGUUUUUCAGUAAAGGAAGGUUUCACAUAAUUUUGUGGUUAUAUAACAAUAAUAUAUGUAAUUGCUCAGUUUUUAUAAUUUUGAAAAAUUAGUUGUACUAUUAAAUUUCUUGAAAUGGGAAGUUUUAUGUAACAUUAAUAAUGGCUGAUAUCGUUGUUUUGUGCCGCUCAUCAGAUGGGCUUCCUCUGGUUGAGAUUUGGAAUGAUCGUAAUUUUGAUACUUCAGUAAACAACCAAAAUACUAAGAAAGUUGAUUUUCAAACAAUAAAAAUGAAUUCUCGUAUGAUAUGUAGAACAGUAGGUUCAGCAGACUCGAAAUGCUCAGUAAAAGAAGGAGAGAUGUCCUACCAUUACAUGGUAGAAGACGGAGUUUGUUACAUGUGCAUCGCUCCAUCAAGCCACCCCAAAAAAAUACUCUUUCUGUUCCUUGCACAGAUUUGUAAGGCUUUUACUGAGGAAGUUUUAAAGCAAUUUGGAAAUGAACACACCAGCGUGACAUCAGCAGUUGCAUCGGUCAAGAAACCAUACCAUUUUAUCGGAUUUGAUCGAGUUAUAUAUAAAAUAAAGAAUGAAAUAAAUAGUCCAAAUUCACUCAAGUCGCUGAAUAUGAUCAACGACAGCCUCAACGAAGUAACGAAUAUUAUGAAGAAAAAUAUUGAUGAAAUACUGGCGAGAGGAGAAAACCUAGAAGAUAUCGGAAGAAUGGCCGACGGACUCAAGCAACAAACGCUAAAAUUCAGACUUUCAUCAAAAAAAUUAAAUCGGAAUUAUUUAAUAAGGAAGUUCUCAAUGAUGGCUAUAGGAAUCUUGAUUAUGGUAUUAUUUUUAUAUUUUGUACUUUUCAAGUCCAAGAAAAAAAUCCAGUAGCAACCCAUAUCAAUUUUUAUGUAAACAUAAAAAUAAUUUUAAUCUUUUAAAUUAAUUAAAUUAAUUUGCGAUUUUUAUGUA